AUUUGGAUACCAAUAUCCAACUUCAAACAUGAAUGUGGGGCUUGCUUUCCCUUAUUGCAAUAGAUUCCACCAAGGUUCACACCAUGAGAUAAAUUUGAUUAAUUUGGAGACCAGUGAUGAUUUCAGAGUCUGAGGCCCUUGGUGGCUCUGGACAAGCAUAGUCCCAGGUCCAAUUAGCCUGAGACAGCCUCAGGCUUGAUCUUACGAUGCUGAAUGCUAAAAUUGGGAUGAUUAUGCAAGAAGAUGGGUUUGUUUCUCUUACAAUAUAGACAAUUUUAUAUUUAAGUUUAGAAUAUAAAAUUGGCACCUUUUCGUCCCCAGCUGUGUUAAUUUAUGCCACAUCAAAUGGGUCAUGUGGUGGCUGGAACCUGGUGGUGAUGGAAGAGACAGAUGUCAUCUCCGGUAAUAAUCAAGCUGUCUGCCAAUAUGGAUUGCACAAGGAUAUUGGAGUGAAAUCUUUCUUAUACUCAAGGCUUGAUACUGAGUGUAGAUUGAGUGCAGACUGUCAACCAACCUCACGAUGUCCAGUUGCAUUUCAUAAUUCCUCUCCAUCAUCUGUGUUUUGUACCGGGCUCACCAUAGUGAAGUUAAGAGUGGAGCUCUUGACUGAUUUGCCUCUUCCCAAGAUAGGAACACAGAGACCAACACAGCACAGCUGCUGCAGAUAGAUGCAAGGUGCAUCAGGUGGGAGAAAUCAGAAAUAAAAACAGAAAAUCCUGGAAAUAAGAGGAUCAGGCAUUGGAGGCAGAAACAGAACUAAGCACUUGAAUUUUCCAUUAAGAGGCAAAACAGUGGCUUUUAACUCAAUGACAAUGCAGGAGCUCGGAGGAUGCAGGCAUGAGCAAACGUAGACAGCCUGAACCUUUGUACGGCUGACCACAGCAGCUGUUUCUACUGCCUUUCGAUGCAGGACCCUUCAUCAAAUGAAAGUUCAGAGGCCCCGUUCAUUUCAGUGGAGAGGGAUUAACUGUGAAGGAGAAAACUUCAGUGUCUCUCCAGUGACUUCGUUCACAGUCACAACAAGCUGUUAUGGAGUUCUCACUCCCUUUGAGGUGACAUUUCCACUUUCAAUACCAACAGAGAUUGAGUAUAAAAUGAGCCUGAACUUGAGCUGCAUUUCCAAAGUGUUGGUUUGAGUCUCCAUUCAUAAAGUGACGGCUGUCUGUAAAAGAUGAGCGAACGCUUCGAUUGUGACAACUGCAAAGAGUCGCUGUACGGCAGGAAAUACAUCCUAUUUGAAGACAGCCCCUACUGCAUCCCAUGCUACGACACCUUGUUUGCAAAUACCUGUGCUGAGUGUAAAGAGCUGAUUGGCCAUGAAGCGAGAGAACUGUUCUACGAAGACCGUCAUUACCACGAGCAUUGCUUCAGGUGUUAUCGCUGUGACAGAUCAUUGGCAGAUGAGCCAUUUACAUGCCAAGAAGAGGAGCUGUUAUGCAAUGAUUGCUACUGCAGUGAAUUCUCCUCAAAAUGUAUUGCUUGUGACAAGGUCGUCAUGCCUGGUACCCGUAAGCUUGAAUACAAUGGCAACACCUGGCAUGAAGGCUGUUUUAUUUGUCACACCUGCGAGCAGCCCAUAGGCUCGAAGGCCUUUGUACCCGAUAAGAGUGAGAUUUACUGCGUGCCUUGCUACGAGAACCACUUUGCUCCGCGAUGCUUCCACUGCAAGAAGGCCCUGACCAAAGGAGGUGUUACUUACCACAAUGAGUCCUAUCACAAGGAAUGCUUUGUCUGUAGCGGAUGCAAGACUCAGCUGGCCGGCCAGAACUUCACCUCCCGGGAUGAAUCCCCGUACUGUCUCAAGUGCUUUGGGAACCUGUAUGCCAAGAAGUGUGCCGCCUGUGCCAAACCCAUCACAGGCUUUGGAGGAGGCAAGUACAUUUCCUUUGAAGAUCGCCAAUGGCACCAGAACUGCUUCUCCUGUUCGCGAUGCUCCGCCUCGCUGGUCGGAAAAGGAUUUUUUCCCGAGAAGGAUGAUAUUCUUUGCCGCGAAUGUAACAGUGACUUAUGAAUUGAUUGGUGGUUCCUGUUCUAUCUUUCAUAUAUUUUUGUACAUUUGCAUUGCACCAGUUCAGCGUUAGGCCAUUUACAGCACAGUUUGUACCCUGGAGAAGAUCUUCCCUUAUUAUGGUCUCCUGGUGGCAUUUUGUACUUGCCAUGCUGGAUGCUUCCUCUCCCCUUAGCAACACUCUGAAGCAGGGGAUCCCAAACUGGGGUCCAAAGACUUCUCGGUUAAUGGUAGGGGUCCAUGGAAAAAAAGAGGUUGGGAGCCCCUGCUUUAAAGAUAGAGAGGCUAAGAAACUCUUGAUAAGCGUUUUGUCAGCUAGUUUUUUCCCCUAUUCACAUUACUGGGAUAUUAAGAUGGGUAAUUUCUGCUACUUAUUGCAUAAAAUUACACUUGUGCUUUUUUCACAUAGCACGAAUAAGAUGCCAAAUGAAUAGCCAAGCUAUCCUAAAGAAAAUGUACAGAGACAAGAAUUCAGCUUGGCUUGAGAGCAAAAUGAUGCCAAAACACGCUUCCUAUCAUAUAUCAUGCUUGAUUUUACCACCCGUUCACUCUGGUAGAAGAAUCUGCCCAUUUGUCAGGCAGCCAAUCAAUUACCAUCCAUGCUAUAUUCCCACUCAAACUGAGAUUAUACUGAACUAUUCGCUCCUAAGGAAUUCUGAUCUGGUUCCCAGAUGGCGGUGAAUGUGUUAACAUUUGACCAUGAAUCUUGAAAUCUAUUUCAGAUGAGGUCAUGUUACAACUACAGAACCAGAGAUGAGCUAGAAUCUUGUUACUAAUCAAUAGUUAUUGAUUGCUUGCGGAAGUAUCCUGGUGUGGAUAUCAAUUAAAGAUAGAAAUGGACUGCCAGUGAUUUUCCAUCUCCCACCCCUUCACCAUAGCCUGGCCAAGCUUACUCAAGAAUAAUUUCUCAGAAAGGCACUUCAGAGUGAAUAAUCUUCUCAACGCUCAUUGUAGAACAUCAUUUCCAGUUGGUGAAAUCAUUCAGAUCACUAGGUUUCUCCUUAAUUCCUCUGCAUGAUCUGGGAAGAGAGAUUUUUUUCCCCCAUGUGGUUGUUAAAGCAAGAUGCGACACUGUAAAGCACAUCGCACACAUGCCAGAAUCACAGGAGUGUCCCAUAUCAUCCAGGUAUAUUCAGAUAUACCAAGGGCAGCAGAACAGAGGUAUUGUUUGGAAUAUUUGACAUUUGAUUAGCGUCUGGAAGUAUUUCCUUUUGUAGCAGGGGUUCCCAACCUGGGGUCAGACUGAUAAGACCAUAAGAUUCACACACCCCUUGCUUAAUGGUAUUGGUCCUUGGCACAUAAAUGAUUGGGAACUCCUGACUUUAGAGUAUUGUUAAUGGAAUGGUUGAAGUACAAUGCCAAUUUUAUUGAAGAGUCAUCUUUGUGUUACAAUCAAAAGACAGAAGAAUUGGUAUUCUGGAAGAAUGAGAGUAAAUAGACUUCACAAAAUAAUACCCUUUCAGUUAUUCCUUACUCACUUGGUAAUGAUAGGCCCAGCUGUUUUCUCAGUUACUUGGCAGCCAGUGAAAUUAACUCCACAUCCACUGUUGAAGUCCUUAACAUCAUCUUCUUCCCCUCACCCAUCAGUAAGUUGACCUGAUCAUUAAUUAAGCAUGUUUUUCACUGCAGAUCAUCCAGAAACCUAAUAAAUUAAUUUACCAAUAGGACACCAGUUCACUGCAGUCCUUGUUCUCAAGGCACCAUUUGCAAUAAGUGACAUGAGAAAGAUGGUCAUGGAGUGGCUGGAUGGAAUUCUCAGCCUGCUGUAAAAUUCCCCAACUCAAUGAGCAUAUCACUUAACCAUUGCCUGUCUGUUCUUUUCCUUAAUCUCCUUAAUGCAGAUAUGUGCUCAAGUGAUACACCUUUUACCUAUUGAUCAGCACUUGUGCUUACUUAUUGUCCACUAACUUGGAAUGUUUGAUAAACCUGAAACGGAGGUUUGAGCUUGGUACACUCCAAUUUAGUAUUUUUGCAAAAUUGCCUCUGACCUAACAAUGUUCAUCGUUCCUCUGGGUACUGUGGUGUGGCUCACUGGUUUCCAAUGGGUUAGAAAUGCAUGGCUGCACUUGUUUUGAACAGAUUAAAAAUUAAUACUACAGCUGUGAUUAGAAUACCUAUAUUGUGUUUCACCCAAUUUUGAAAUUGCCCGUUGUUUUUCCUUACUUUGGCCAGUGUUCUUGUGUGAUGUUUAUUUUGGAAAAGACAUCACCAUCAAUCAGUCUCAUUGACAUUUCGUGCCAUCUUACAAAGUGUAGUUUCAAAUCUCUACACGCAGUAGAGAUAUAGGCAAGCAGAGGUGUAAACUAUUAAUCAUUGCUUGGCCAUGUUUUGUCAUUAAUUUCAGAGAUGAGUUAAAAACAGAAACUAGGAUUUAUUUUCGUUUAUCUUGGCCACGCACUUUGUUCUGCAGUGACACUGCAUGUCCUUCUCACUGAAACAAAGUGGUUUAGUACUUCACUGGUUGUACAAGAUAAGCUGUUGUGUUUUGGUGAAAGUCCAUUCUAUAAAGUCAAUGAUUAAGUUACAUUUCAAAUGCUCAGGAGUAGGUGGAUUAAAGGAUUGGAAAUACAAACAUUCCUGCUGUGUUACUGGCUUCAGUCAAAGUCUGAAUCCUUGUUUACAGAUGAUGGAUUAGAGUUGAUACAAUGCCAAAUACAUUGAUUUGGAGGGUUCUGAUUUGUCAUUCAUAUGUCCAGAUAGAGUCAUGCAUUUUCUUAUUUAGCAUGAAAAGAUUCCUGUUUAAAGAAUCCACAAUGCUUUCCAGUAAUUGAACGUCUCAGUGUGAUGCCUAUACAAUAGCUAAGCAUUAUGUAGAUGGAUGGGCUUCAAAUCAGUAGAAGUAUUUUGUGUUAGCUUUGAAUCUUGGGGUUAGCACAUCACGUUGAAAGAUUCACGACUGGAAGACAGAGUUGUCACUGGAGUGUCAUUGUUGAAGAGAAAUAAUCCAGUUAGGAGUAGGAGGGUGGAAAUUGUUGAUCUAUCAGUAAUGAUACUGAUGGCAAUUAUAGAAUAGUUUUCAAUGUAAGUGUUUUACCACAUUGUCAAACAAGUGGGGCAGAAUAGCAAAAUGUAUCUUAAGUUAUUACAUACCACAGUAAGGUGCAAAAGUCUUAGAAACACAUAAAUAGCUAGGGUGCCUAUGACUUUUGCACAGUACUGUAUUUGUCAACGUAGAGCAAAGAGAGAGCUUGUAAAUCUGGCGAGAGCAAAGGAUCUUGGGAAUGCCGAGGGUGAAGCGCUGUGGGAGGGGUGUGGGACAGGUGGCAGAGAAAGUGUGCCGGGGUGGCGUGUGGAGCGGGUGCAGACACACCCAACCCUGAGAUACCAAGGUCACUUGAUUCCAAACAGUUGGUUUAUUGAUCAUUACAGAAUGUCUCUCUGGUGCUUCCUGCUCCCUCCCCUCUCCCUUCCCCUUUUCCCAAACACGAUUCCCCUCUCCCUGCCCUCUUCCCACUCUCAGUCCACAAUAGACACCCAUGUCAGUAUCAGGUUUAUCAUCAUUCACGUAUGUCAUGACAAUUUUUUUUGUGUGGCAGCAGCACAGUGCAAUACAUAAAAUUACUACAGUUACUGUGCAAAAGGCUUUGGCACCCUAGCUAUAUAUAUGUGACUAUGACCCUUGCACAGUACUGUACUUGGAAUAAUGUAGUAUCAUCACUAUCCAGUAUCUUGACCAAAUUAAAAAAAAUACAUUUUUUAAAUUUACCAAAUACAUUGUUGAUAGGCAGAUCCAGUUCUCACUCUCCAGGCUAUUCUGCUGGCUGCAUUAGGUUGGCCACAGCAGUCCUGCACUCAUGAGGGAAUAAUUUACCAUAUAAUUACUGGCCAUCAAUGCCUAUUAGAAAUACUAGGAAAGGACAUUUGAAAAUUGAUUGUGAUUCAUUAGAUGAGCAUUACAUUAAUUUAAACUGAUCAUGUUGCCAUACUGAGGAGGUACCUCAGAGUAUGCAAAGAAAUCAGCAAUCUGAACUACUUGGCUGUCUUUAGAUAACUUGGAUUUGAUGUGCGAUGUCCUAUCGACUUAUUGCCCUGAGAGGCAACAUCUCUUGACACUGAUUUUCUUAUUGUUUGUUGUUCUUUUUGAAAAGACUAUUCUUCUGUUUUGAUCACGUGAUUUAUAACCAAAUACAAUUGGGAAUGGUGGGCCAGUCCCAGUCUUCACAAGAAAGUUUACAUAUAACAGAAUGUUAUGCAUGUUGAUUUUUUUUAAUUAAUCACUUAAGCCAAAAUUCAUAUGCAACACUAUCGUUAAAGCUUUGAUGCUGGUAAGUCAGAGUAUUUGUGUAUUGUUUAACGUAUGCACAGCAGCAUAAAUGUCUGCUUAGUUUAGUUGUUCUGUCUGGCUGACUUACUUUUUCAUUUAUUUUUUUUCUGAAAUGCUUGCACAAUAAUAAAGAAAUUAAUCUGAAUUUU